AUGUCAGGCAAGAGAGUGCUCGACGCCAUCGCUCUCCUCAGUGCCUCCAAGAAUGUCGUCGCCAAACACUUCGACAUACGGCUCGCACAAGCGUCAGUAUACACCCAGACAUCUUCGAUAUUCAAGGCCGUGAGGACACAAGCUCCAGCGCCGUUCGCUGCCGCUGCUCAGAACUUCAGCAAUGCUGUCUACAGAGGAGCCAAAAGUCGAGAGGGGAUCGAGCAGGACCACUUCUACGAACGAUCGCAAGAGCACGAGGCAGCGGACGCCCCGCCACGGCAAGAUCUAGAUGUCGACCAACGCGAGGCUGGACGGCGUCCAUAUCCUGAUGGAACGAUACCUCCCGAGAACAGUCCUGUGGGUGCAGAGAAAGGCGAUCCAGAGUCCUUCAGUCGAAGACCUUUAGGAGAAUUUGUCCAGCACCCUGUAAGAGCAGAAGAUGGCAUGACUGUCGACUCUUCCGGAGCCUCCACCAUACCAGAACCGUCUGUGGCAAAGCCCAUGUCUUCCUUGGAAGCUCGCGAAGCCCAGCGAAUGGCUGAAGAUCAGAUACCGGCGACAAGCGCAGAUCCGCCAACAGAAGAAAUGAUGAAGGACUUCACGAUAGAGCAGGAGCAAGAUGUAUUCUACCAGCCACCAGGGACCGCCUCGCCCGUCCUCUCGGCACUACCACGCACCCGAGUACCAAAGAUCGAGAACGACUUUCAAGGCGGCGACUCUCACAUUCCGAAGGACAUUAAUGCCGACGUCUACUAUCACGGAAGCAAAGAGGGAGAGGCUGGCCACGCUGAGGCUGAGCCGACGGACGAAGAGCUAUCCCAGAUAUUUCACAACCCACGGGUCGCUAGUAUGCUGGGCAGGGGCAAGGCAAAGUAUGCUCCAGGAGGCAUCGCUGGCAGGAAGUUCCAUACAAGCGCUCGGAUGUCACAGAAGAGCGCAGAGGCGGAGAAGAAAGACAUUGAGAACCUUGCCGCGGAGAUGGCCAAGGAUGCUCAGCAAGCACCGUCAGUGAAGCAAGCCAAACCGUACGAGAUGCGAGAGUCGCGUGUCCCGUCGUCACGCUUCGGUCGCAUAGUCGAGUACGGCGGCCUAGCUGCGUCCAUGGCCUUUGGUGCAGUAAGCGAAAGCGUGAGCAGAUCCGGCGGAUCGAAUGGGUCAAUCUGGUUGAGCGCAGCAAACAUGGAAAGACUUGUGGCGAAGCUCUCGAAGAUGCGUGGAGCUGCUCUGAAAUUGGGCCAGAUGAUGAGCUUUCAAGAUUCCAAAAUGUUACCGAAGCCGAUACAUGAUGUGUUGCGACGGGUACAGGAUCAAGCAGACUACAUGCCUGCAUCACAGCGGAAUCAGGUCAUAGAGGCAGAUCUAGGAGCGAAUUGGAGGAAUCUUUUCAUGCAAUUCGAUGAGAAGCCCAUCGCUGCAGCUUCGAUCGGUCAGGUGCACAGCGGGACGCUGAAAGAUGGCAGGAGGGUAGCUGUCAAAGUGCAAUAUCCAGGUGUUGCAGACUCGAUAUCGUCCGACCUCAAUAAUCUGUCCUUGCUUCUGACCGCGUCACGACUGCUUCCGAAAGGUCUCUAUCUAGACAAGACCAUUGCCAAUGCUCGAACAGAGCUCGGCUGGGAGUGCGACUAUGUGCGGGAAGCAGAUGGGGCGCGAAGAUUCAAGAAGCUGCUGGCGGACGAGCCCGAUGUCUUUGCUGUUCCAACUAUCAUCGAUGAAGCAUCAGGAAAGAGGGUGUUAACCAUGGAGAUGAUGGAAGGCACAGCCAUCACCAAAAUCCCAGACUUUACGCAAGAGCAGAAGGACUGGAUCGGCACUCAGAUCCUCCGCCUCUGCUUGAGAGAAAUCAUCGAAUUUCACUACAUGCAAUCAGAUCCCAACUGGACCAACUUCCUGUACAAUCGAGCAUCGAACAAGCUUGAGCUCCUGGACUUUGGCGCCUGCAGAGACUACCCGGAGAAAUUCAUCAAGCUGUACACCCAGGUCUUGGAUGCUGCUUCAAGAAGUGAUCGAAAGGGCGUUGCAGACUUUUCGACCGAGCUGGGCUAUCUCACAGGUUAUGAAUCGAAGACGAUGCGCGAGGCUCACGUCGAUUCCGUCAUGACGUUGGCUGAGCCGUUUCUGGACGACGCACCAGACGUUUAUGACUUCCGAGACCAGACGAUCACUGACCGAGUCCGUGGUCUCAUUCCCGUGAUGGUCCGGGAGCGUCUUGCUCCGCCUCCUGAGGAGACAUACAGCCUGCAUCGGAAGCUGAGCGGGGCGUUUCUGCUGUGCGCGAAGCUCGAGAGCCGCGUUCCCUGUAAGAGCCUCUUCCAGGAUGCAAUGAAGAAAGCUGGCCUGCGGUGA